AUGAUUCAAAGUGCCUUACUUCUUGUGGCCGCAUCGUUGAUGCUGGUUACAGCACAACCUAUAACGGACUCUAACUGGCAUCUAGUGCCUGAUUCCAAUGGAAGGCUUCACCUGGUGAACACAAAUCCGUACAAUUUACCAGAGGAUUCCGUUGCAUCCGUUGCGCCACUGUUCAAUCCCGAGCAGGACCUGAUCUAUCGCCUCUUCACGCAGGCCAAUCCGACUACGGCACAGGUUCUUGAGUUCGGCAAUCCGGCCUCCAUUGCGGCCUCGAACUUCAACCCGGCCCAUCCGACGCGCUUUACCAUCCACGGCUGGAACAGUAAUGGUAACGAUGGUAUGAACACAAACAUCCGUGAUCGAUACCUUAGUCUCGGUCAAUACAACGUCAUCAGUGUGGAUUGGAGUGCCGGAGCGGUAAACCCCAACUAUAUCGCUGCCCGGAAUGCUGUCGGACCAGCUGGAGCGGCACUUGCUUCAUUCAUUGACCAGCUUAUCGCCGCCGGUGCUUCCCCGGAUAACAUGUACCUUGUUGGAUUCAGUCUUGGAGCUCAUGUGGCAGGAAAUGCCGGCAAAGGGCAGCAAGGACGUAUUAACACUGUGAUUGCACUCGACCCUGCAGGACCGUUGUUUUCGUUGGGACAAGUAGAUGCUGUCUCGCCUGCGGAUGGACGCUACGUCGAGAUGAUCAUGACCAACGCCGGACUUCUGGGUAACACCGAUCCUAUGGGUCAAGCAACCUUCGCACCGAACGGUGGCCGGUCACAGCCCGGCUGUGGAACCGAUAUUGCCGGUGGCUGUGCCCAUGGUCGUGCUCCUGCCUUCUUUGCCGAGUCUAUCACCAGCUCCGUUCCGUUCCGGUCAACCCGCUGUGCCGGUUUACAGGAAGUGGUAGCGGGAAGCUGCACGCCAAGUGGACCCGAUGCUAACAUGGGAGGAGAGCCUUCCAACUAUGGCCGAGGGGUCACUGGAGUCUACUUCUUGACCACAAACGAUGCUGCUCCAUUUGCCAGAGGAUAA